AUGAAGUUCGCUACUGCCGCCGCUCUCUUCGCCGUCGCCGGAUGUGCAUCUGCGCAUACUAUCUUCCAGGAGAUCUCCGUCAACGGUGUCUCUCAAGGAAACCACAACUGCAUGCGCCUUCCCUCUUACGAUGGUCCCAUCACCGAUGUCAGUAGCUCUUCUAUGAGCUGCAACGGUAGCCCGAACGCCCUCGACACCGUUUCUCCUAACGUCUGCUCAGUUCCCGCGGGCUCACAGGUUACCCUCCGCUGGGGACAUACUCUCACUUCGGGAUCCAACGGCAUGUAUACAUGA